GCUAGCCCAUGCUCCAUCCGCAGAGAGGGGAUAAAAUAUUCAAAACAAAACAAACCUCAAAUUACAACACACAAACGCGAGUUAAGAACGUUAAUAAAUAAUAAAACCUACAAUAAAUUUAGUUCCAUGUUAAUAAUAGUGAAUCCAGUGUUAUUUGCAAGAUAUUUUUGUUCCAGAAAAUGAUAUUUCGAAUUCAUUGCGCAUGCGUAAACAUACCUUACUAAAUUAAAAAGUCGUGCUUACGGUGAAUCUGCUUGCUGUUCGUUUGGUUGGAUUAUACGGAUACGGAAUGUCAUGGCGUAACAACAGACAAACAUAUCAAAAUUUCAUCGUUUAUUCAAAAAUACUGGCGGAAAACUCGUAGGAAUCAAAAAUUAACAAAGUUGCUCGAACAUGACGCGAAGAAGAUGCCUCGUCCCAUAUCCCUGCGCUUGCGCCUCCUGACGUUAUUAAGACAAUUAUUCUCGAUAAGAUUACUCCUAAUUAUAACAUGUAUUAGCUUUAUGAUAUCAGUUAUUUGGAUCCAAUUGGUAGAGAAUGAUAAUUUAAUUAUUGAUAACGAAAGUUUAGUUAACGAAGCACUUGAAAAUGUUGCUCGCGAUCACAGAUACACAGAAGUGUAUAGGAAGGUGGAUAGAUUGCAGAAAGAUGUUAAAUACAUACUCCUUUGGACGCCCCAUAACUUUGCACCAUUUUAUUAUUUUGGGGACGGUCAGAGAGCGUUUAUUGAUAAAAACUGUUCGAAGAUAAAUUGUUAUGUCACGAGUGACAGAAAUUUUUUUGGUGGUGACACAUCAAAGUUUGAUGCAAUAGCUUUUAAUGGGCGUAACAUUGACACUCUUACAAAAUCACAAUUACCCAAAACCCGAUCACAGCGCCAAAAAUUUAUAUAUUUUAACAUGGAAUCAGCUGAUAAUUAUCCAGUUUGCGAUGAUAUUUUUGAUGGCUUCUUCAAUUGGACUUCGACGUACAGACUAGAUUCAGAUAUACCUUACCCAUACAUUCAAAUACGGAAUUCUGAUGGAGAAGUUGUAGGACCGCGAGAGAAAAUGAAUUGGGCUGUGAGCAAGACUUUAAAUGAUGAAUACUUAGAAACAAAAUUACAAAAUAAAAGUAAGGCUGUAGCUUGGUUUGUAUCACACUGCUCGAGUAGAAGCGGCAGAAGAGAGUAUGCUCAUCAGUUAAGAAGAGCGCUACGUGCCCAUGGUUUGACGCUUGACAUAUACGGAGCCUGUGGACCACUAAAGUGUCCACGACAUCAAAAGAAUAGUUGCGAUUCUAUUUUAGAGAGUAAUUAUUUUUUCUAUCUCUCUUUUGAAAAUUCCUUAUCUACAGAUUAUGUAACGGAAAAACUUCUAACAGCAUUACAGCACGAUGCAGUACCUAUUGUUCUUGGUGGGGCUGAUUAUUCUAGAUUCCUUCCACCUGGAUCUUACUUAAACGCCCGCAGUGCAUCACCUACUGCAUUGGCAAAUAUGAUAGCUAAACUUAUGUCAAGCAAAGAAUAUAAUCAAUUCUUCCUAUGGAAAUCGUCUUACACGUACUAUGAUCCGACCGAAACAAGUAAUGUUUGCGCUGUUUGUGGAGCUCUUCACAACAAGGAAAUAUUCGAAAAGCCAAGUGUUUAUAGGAAUUUAAGAAGGUGGUGGCUUCCAAACUAUCAAGAUAGAUGUAAAACGUGAUAAAUUUUAUAUACAUCCUAUAAUUAAUUGCCGAUUAUAAUAUAAAUCCUAUCACUGCCAAAUAUUUUAGGAUUAGUUGAGACAGUUUUUAGUGAUUCAUGGAAUUGCCAUUAUCAAACCUUCGGGGCAUUUGUUGAUCACUGCUGGUUUACGUGAUCAUUGAUUUAGUUUUGGUUUAGACAACUAAGACAAGUUUUUGAGUUUUGUUGUAAAGGACGAAGUUUCCGUUUAAAAUUAAGUAGAUUUUAAAAGGUUAGGGAUAUAUCUAUAACUUAUCCCAAUCACAGAAGGAGUAGAGUACCAAUAUAGAACUUUGACAUUGAGUUGACGAGCUAUUAAGAUUGAUCGAGAUGUGGAAUAUUUUAUGGUAAAAUAUGGCGUUAAGAAUAUCGGAAAAGUUAUUCUUUGUACAUGGGUAGUAAAAUUAAAGUAAGUAUUACAAAUGUUUACUUUGUUUAUUUUGUGGUGCAUAAUAUUAGCAAAUCGUAUGGAAUUUGUUAAUGUAAGGUUUGUUUAUCUUAACUCCUUCUUUGAUUGGACUAUUACAAUAAUGUAAGUAUUAUAAAUAUGAAAUCCUUUUUGUUGACAUAUUCUUUUUUCAUACAGCAUCGGAGAAAGCACAUAUCGAUCUAUGUUCUUUUUCCUAGUCAUAAUCUACGGGCUGGAUAGUUUUGUUCUGAAGAAAAAAAUAUGCGGAUUAAACUAUUUACUAGUUAGAGAUUUUAAGUUGUUGUUCAGAUACUUAAUUUUUGUUUUUACUUAUAUUCUGUGUGCUUAAAUACUUAAGAUGUAGCAUUAGUUUGUAAUUAAUUAUUUUUUCAAGUAUAUGAAUUGAUUAGUGACAAUGGGUGCUAAAAAUUAAUAAAUAUAA